GCGAUUAAGUUUAGGAUAAUUAUUCCUAAUCUCUCUCUCUCUAAAAAUGGCCACCAUCUCUAAGCUCUUAAACCCUAGCUUUGCUCCCAUUUCUCUCUCAUCUAAUUCUCUCAGAUCCGAUCAAAAACUUCCAGUUGAGCUCAAUCAAGGAUCGUCGUCUUCGAUCCAGAGCAGAGUCCGUCCGUUGGGGAUCUCGAUUCGAAGAGAUCGCUUCGAUCGGAGCUCACCGAUUGUGAGAUGCUCCCAGCUGGGUGGAAAUGGAACCCCUUCAAAAAGAACAACCCUUCAUGACCUUUAUGAACAACAAGGCCAAUCUCCAUGGUAUGACAAUCUCUGCAGGCCUGUAACAGAUCUGCUGCCUCUUAUUUUAAGUGGAGUCAGGGGAGUCACAAGCAAUCCCACGAUUUUCCAAAAAGCAAUCUCAUCAUCCAGUGCAUAUGAUGAACAAUUCAGGCAGCUUGUAUCAGCUGGAAAAGAUAUAGAAAGUGCAUACUGGGAGCUUGUAAUAAGGGAUAUCCAAGAUGCAUGCAAACUUUUCGAGCCAAUUUAUGAUGACACAGACGGAGCUGAUGGUUAUGUAUCAGUUGAGGUGUCCCCAAGACUUGCAAAUGAGACAAAUGGGACUAUUGAAGCUGCAAAAUGGUUGCACAAGGUGGUUCAGCGGCCAAAUGUUUACAUUAAGAUCCCAGCUACUGCAGAAUGUGUUCCUUCUAUCAAAGAAGUUAUUUCACAUGGUAUCAGUGUCAACGUAACGCUGAUCUUCUCGCUUGCAAGAUAUGAAGCAGUCAUAGAUGCUUAUCUGGAUGGUCUCGAGGCUAGUGGACUAAGUGAUCUUUCAAGACUCACCAGUGUGGCUUCCUUCUUUGUUAGUCGGGUUGAUACCUUAGCUGACAAAAUGCUUGAAAAGAUCGGGACACCUGAAGCUCUUUGCCUUCGAGGAAAGGCUGCGGUUGCUCAAGCAUCUCUGGCAUAUAAGUUGUAUCAGAAGAAAUUUUCUGGUCCUCGAUGGGAAGCCUUGGUGAAGAAAGGUGCCAAGAAGCAGAAGUUGCUAUGGGCUUCAACAAGUGUGAAGAACCCUGCAUAUCCUGAUACUUUGUAUGUGGCUCCUCUCAUUGGACCUGAUACGGUCUCAACAAUGCCCGAUCAAGCCCUGCAAGCUUUCCUCGACCAUGGCAUUGUCUCAAGAACCAUCGACUCAAACCUACCAGAAGCUGAAAGAGUCUAUGGCGCCCUAGAAAAGAUGGGCAUCAAGUGGGACACAAUCGGGUCUCAGCUCGAACAAGAAGGCGUCGACUCCUUCAAGAAGAGCUUCGAUAGCUUGCUUGUUAGCCUCGAGGAGAAGGCUGACUCUCUCGAGCUGGUCAGUAAGUAAUACGGCAAAAGUUAGUAAUAACGCCGGGUUCCUGUUUUUUUUUUUGUUGUGAUUUUUGCAUGAGAACUUAAAAAGGAAUAAUUGUAAGCGAAUGUAAUGGAAGGAAGUUUUCCUUGAAUCUUUGGAGCUCAUUCUUGUUUAUAAAGGAGCCCGAUGGAUGAAGCAAAGGAUAGAAGUAUUCAAGAAGUGAAUCUGAAGCAAAGAAGACAUGAUGUAGAUUCUCAAUUUCUAUUCAUGUUCUUUUUCGUUUAAGAAAUGAUAUUCUUUUCUUUUUGUCACUGAUUUGUAUCUCUUUCCAUUUACUGUAUGAUUUUUCAACUUAUCAAGGUAAAUUGUUGCAGGAUAA